UGCGAGCGCCCACAGCGCACGGCCACAGCUCCGGGUCAGGGCGGCUCCCCGCGUGGUACCGCCUCGGCCUCUGCGCCCCGCCGGCCCCGGGCCCAGGGAUGAUCCCGCCGGGGGAGUGCACGUAUGCGGGCAGGAAGAGGAGAAAGCCCGUGCAGAAGCAGAGGCCCGCCCUGCGGCUCGAGAAGUCGAACCCUUCCAAGAGGCACCGGGACCGCCUGAAUGCCGAGCUGGACCGCCUGGCCAGCCUGCUGCCGCUCCCCCCCGACGUCAUCGCCAAGCUGGACAAGCUCUCCGUCUUGCGCCUCAGCGUCAGCUACCUGCGGGUGAAGAGCUUCUUCCAAGCGGUGCAGGAGACGCGUGUGCAGCUGGCCAGGGGCCCCUCUCCUGAAGACAGUCCACGCCAAAUGUGCCCUGUGCAGGAGGGACGGCUGCUGCUGGAGUCUCUCGAUGGCUUCGCCUUGGUCGUGAGCGCUGACGGGAUCAUCUUCUAUGCGUCGCCCACGAUCGUGGACUAUCUGGGCUUCCACCAGACGGACGUGAUGCACCAGAACAUCUACGACUACAUCCACGUGGAGGAUCGCCAGGACUUCUGCCGGCAGCUGCACUGGGCCAUGGACCCCCGGCAGGGGCUGGGCCAGCCACCGCACCCAGACACAGGAGAUGACAGCGUGCUGAGAAGGCUGCUCAGGGCGCAGGAAGGAGGCGCCGGCUCGCCCACCGAGUACUCGGCCUUCUUGACGCGAUGCUUCGUCUGCCGGGUGCGCUGCCUGCUGGACAGCACCUCUGGCUUUCUGACGAUGCAGUUUCAAGGGAAACUAAAGUUCCUGUUGGGACAGAAGAAGAAGGCACCCUCGGGGAGCCUCCUGCCGCCCCGGCUCUCCCUGUUCUGUACGGCGGCGCCGGUCCUUCUGCCUGCCUCAGCGGAGGUGAAAAUGAAGGGGGCGUUUCUGAGGACCAAGCACCGGGUGGACACCGCAGCCACAGUGGACCCCAGGGCACAAGCCACCACGGCUCUGUGCAGACCGGACCUUCGCGCAAAGCCCGGUUUCCCUUCAGGAAGCAGCAGUGGUGAGAAUUGCGUUCCCCUGUUCAGGUCACAGACGGACACUGGCCACUGGACCCGGGCUCCAGCCAGGGCCCGGUGCCUGUGCCUUAGGGGUGGCCCCAGACUGAUCCUGGACCCCACGGGGGCUGCAGGGGAUGGGGAAGAAGCAGAGCGGGAGAGGGUGCUGAGCGGCUGUGCGUCAGGGAGGGGCCGGAGGGAAACGCAGGCAUACAGCUGCUGCUCCGAGAUGCCCGCACCCUCGAGGCACCCCAGCUGGAUGACAGAGAAGCACGGUCAGGCUGGUGGUGCCAAGCCGAAGCUGCAGCCCAGCAGGAGCGAGAUGCUGUCCAUGCGUGGCAUGUCCGAUGGCUCCUGCGUCCCCUGCCCAGACACCCAGAGCAUGCUCAGUGCCAGCGGCACAACUACCUUCAGAAGCUCACCCCUCUCCCGCCUACCAGGCCCUGCACCCAGUGCCUACUGCAGCCGGCCGAGCAGACUCCUGCGGGACCUCCAGCAGGGACAGGGACACCCUCCCUGCCACAUCCCUCAGGGUGGCCUAGAGAACAGGCUUCCUGUGCCCGGAGCACAGUGCUUCCCAGCUGUGGGCUACUCCACAGAGGAUGCCAAGUUGCCUGGCCUGCUGGUACCCCCGGGGGCCCCAUGCAAUCCAGCGCUGUUGCUGGAAGUGCCAAUCAAAAUGGAAAAUGACUCUGGGUCUGAGGACACAGUGGACAUCUGCACCCCCAGCCAGAUGUGGCUGGGAGCCGGCAACACAGCCAAGAGACAGUUGGUCACUUUUCCUACCAGGAUGCACCUAAAGACAGAGCUGGACUGCAGGCACCAGGUCCACACCCCACGCCUUGCGUGUGGCAUGAUGGGGGCUCACCCCAACAACCAGGCCACCUCUGGACCCAGCAGGGAACUGGUCCCCUUCUUCCCUGCACACUGUGCCUGCCUGGAGCCAGAGCGCCCCGUCCACCUCUGCACACCCAGCUGCCCGGAGCGCCAGCACCUGGCUCUGGGCUGUGACUGCAGAGCUCCCAGGGCCUCCCCUGUUGUCAAGCGCGAGCCCCUGGACUCAGCCCUAUGGGCUGCUUCUGGCCAGGGAGCCAUGCCCAGGAUGUUCCCCAAAAGCACCUCGGCCUUCCAGCCCUAGCUAUGGCUCUCCUGCAGGCCACGUCCGUCCACACUCAGUCUGCCUUGGCCACCUCCCCCCAGGCGGUGGGUGUGACCAUAGCCUGUCCAAGCAAUGCCCUUGAUGGCGCUGCUCCAGGCAGCCCUGCAGACCACGGUGGCGCCUGUGCUGUGGGGCACUCAGUUCGUGUGGUAUCACAGGUGAUCACACACGCAAGCUCGAGUCUCAAAGAGGGCAGUGUUUCUCUUUGAGAAAUUAAAAUGUUUAAGGGAAUGGCCAACACCCUUGCCCCCAAGGCCACCAUCAGAAGCUUCCAGUGACAUCUCCUGGCCCCCUGAGGCCCCCCCGCCACCUGCCUGUGUGGAGUGAGGGCUGGAAGGACAUCUGAGGCACACAGACGACAGGUGAAGCUGGCCUCGUGGGGGAGGUGGCUACGUCCACCCCUGGGCAGGAUCUGGAGGCCAUGGCACCAGGUCCCUCACCUUGGUGUGUGGCAGGUACUCUGCAGCUCCAAGUCAGGGCUUGAGGCCACACUUGGCUUGGAGGUGGAUGGGUUAGUCAUACCCCAUUCCUUCCAGAAAUUUCCCAGCAUUCCCUGUGGGGUGCUGAGGACUAUUUGCUCCUCUGUCCCUGGGCACAAAGCACCUUGGCAUGGAGCCCACAGAAGGCUGUGCCCUCUGGGGGCUUCCAGGUGAGGAAGCUGCUGCUGCCAGCAUGUUCUGGACUCAUAUAGUGUCCACUCCAGGAAAUCAGAAAGGGAGGGUCUCCACAGCCCACCCACAGGGCGAGUUUCUUUUGUGUGGGGCCCACCUCUUCCUCAGGGGCCAUCCGUCCUCUGACUCACCCACCCAGGGUCUUGGGAAUGCUGAAGCCUGCUGGGUGUGGACCCAGGCUCCACCUCCUGGGUGUCCUCGUUGGUGGCUUGAGGGGUCAGUGUUCAGCCCCAGCUAAGCAGAAGCUGUUGGGAUACACAUCCUCUUUGUCAAAACUCAGGUUUGGUCAGCAGGACGGGUCUUCUGCCCGGCCCCCUUUCUGCCUGGUGUGUAGAAGAAUUCUGGUGCAGGAAUGGGGCCAAAUGUGUCCCAGAACAGAGGAGAACACUCACCCACCCAAGCCAGGGUCAAGAGUGACCACUCUGCCCAGCCACAGCAGCCUUUCCAAAGGUGACACAGGUGCUGCUCUGUCACGGGGAGCUGAGGGCUCCUAGCCUCCACUCCUGCCACCUCCUGCAAGAGUCAGGAUGGGUGCAGCCCCCAAGUCCAGCUCCUGCUUCCACACUCGGCCCCCACUGGCCCAGUGUCCCUGUGUACACAGUUCUGCCCAACACAGCUUUGCCCUGCUCUCUGGGAAUUUAUGGAUUUAGUCUUAAGAAAUGGAUCAAGAUUUUUUCCUUCCUUCUCUAACCAAAUGCCAUGCUCCUGACUAUGGAGAGCCCCGUUCACAUCCAGGAGGUAGAACGCUCCCCUCGAUGACUGUGCCACCCCGGCAUGCCCAGAGGGCUUGGCAAGGCCAGGUCCUCAGCAUCUCCCUGCACUUCACAAGAGGGCUGCUUGCCUCCCAGAGAGGCACCAGCACUUCUGCAAGGGCCGAUGAAGGGCAGAGAGUGCAGCAGACAGACACUGCACACAGUCAACACAUCCCAUGUCCUAGAACUAUGGAAACCUGAAGAAAAGGAGGCCAAGAAGAUGGAGCGCAGGGAUGUCUCAUGCUUGCCAACAGUAGCCAGACACACCCCAUCUACCCCUGCACCACAGAACCUACGAAGAACUGAGGUGCCCGGAGGCCUGGACAGUCCUGCCCUCAGGGCCACUCAGCCUGUCUCCUCUGUGGGAGGACAAACAGAAGCAAGGAGAGGGCUGCCUGGCAGGCCAUGCUUUGUGGACACUGAGUCAGCAACCAUACCUCUGCUCUGUAGGCUUUAUAGCUGGGGACACCCACGUGUGCUGUGGACCUUGGACAGGUGGGGACCCAGUGCUGCAUCUGGCCAGCACCUUGCCAUCCUCCAGGCUGCAGCUCUGAUGCUCAGUCACCACGUGCCUCCUGAGAAACCAGUGAGGGUGGGUGACACUGAGAUGCAAAGGGUGCAGAGGCACCAUCUGUGCCUCAGGAUGACCUGCAAGUGCUGACCACAGGUCUGUGUAGCUUCUGCCCCUGUAGCUGAAAAUAGCAAAGCCAGAUGUAAUGAGGAAUGUGCUGGAAGGAGAAAGAAGAAUUGUACAAUUGUACUUUGUAUUUUAUAAUUUCUACAGAAGAAACGGUUCUCAGAACCUA